AUGAUCCACAGUCUGGAGCCAAACAGAACUGGGCCUGCACCCUCAGGUGCUGCAAAUGUGAAGAAGAGCCCCUGCAGAGCUGAUGCAGUGUGUCUGAGUCUGCUGUGUCUUCUCCUUCUGACUGGACUCAUAACUCUGGUUUGCCUUUACAACAACCUGACUAAGGAGAGAGACCAGUUACAGACCAGUUACAACAAUGUGGCAACACAACGAGACCAGUUACAGACCAGUUACAACAUCCUGGCUGACGAACGAGACCGGCUCCUUAAAGGAGUUGAAGACAUGACCGAAAAGAUAAAUGAUCUUCAUAGAAAUGAAGGCUAUUGCUAUCCCCAACAAGGAUGGACAUAUUUCAGAGGUAGUUUAUAUUACAUUUCUUCUACGACGGCACCCUGGCAACAAAGCAGAAGUGACUGUCAGCAAAGAGGUGCAGACCUGGUGAUUAUUAACAGCAAAGAAGAACAGGAAUUCGUAAGGCGUUUCCAAAAGGUCCUGUGGAUUGGACUGACUGACACAGAGACAGAGGGGAAAUGGAGAUGGGUGGAUGGGACUCUGCUGACUAAAAGCUACUGGGCCUCUGGUGAACCAAAUGGACAUCUUUUCGGCAGAGAUGAAGACUGUGCAGAAAUAAUGAAUUAUAAUUUGGAAAACAGCUGGAAUGAUGACUCCUGUUACCAGCAAAAAUCAUGGAUCUGUGAGAAGACAUGGCCUGUGUAACU